CUCUCUCUCUCUCUCUAAUUACAUCCAAAGCCCUCUCAUUUUUUUGAAUAUAUUUUUUUCUCCAUUGUUGUUUGGGGGUGUCAUUGGUUUGAAAUUGUGCCUAGAGGUGACCAGGUUUUCUUUCUUUUCCUCUCUUGAUUUUCUGUUUCCAUUCCCGUUACAGGUCUUCUUUCUUUUCCUCUCUUGAUUUUCCGUUUCCGUUUCUGUUUUCUGAUGUUGAUUGCAAUGCAUGUGUUUUGUGUCUGUAUGUCACUCAAAUGCUUUAUUAAUUUCCAUGAUUUUCUUCACAUUUUGGUUUCCUUUUUUCACCUUUCAGAUGUUGAUGUUAUUGCCGUUUGCUUAUUUUUUUGUUUAUGGAUCUUGUGAUGCAUUCAAUUAUUUUUUUAAAAUUUUUUUUUAUUUCUUUUUUGUGUUGUUUGAUUUUUGACAUCUACACUAAGCAUGGCAUUGGGUUUAUAUAAUAGUUAGAUAGUUAGAUAGACAGUUAGAUAUAAUCAAAUAAUCAAUGCAAUUAAGAGGAAGUAGUAGAGAACACAAUGCUUCAAUUGUUUUUUGUGGUGAUUGGUAGCAAGAGAGUGAAAUUUAUUCGAAUUUUAAUAUUGAAAAACCUUCAAUGACAAUACCUGAAUAAAUCAUGACUUAUUCUUGGUUGGAAUGCUAGAAUUUCGCUAUUCCAAGAAAGUAUUUUUUGUGAAAUAGGAUUUUGUCAAUACUACUGAUUUUUUUUCUGGUGGUUUUGUAUAGUUGGGUCUUAGGAAGUGUGGUUCUGGACUUAUUUUCUUUUGUGGAUUUUAUUGAUUCUUUACAUGUCUAAAUGUAGGUUGGAGUGGGGCUGGUUGUGGCUGUGUUUGUAGCAUCAUCUUGAUGCUCUUUUUCUAAUAAAAUGGUUACUCUUUAAUUAUAAAAAAAAAAAAAAAAAAAAGAAAGAAAGAACUGAAGCAUAAAGUUCCAUUUCUGAUCAAUGUGUCAGAUUGACAGAAUAAUCUACGUUUAUGUUGCUGGUGGUCUUGGUACAAUAAUUCUUUGCACUAAUUAAAUUUGAAUCAUCACUAGAGCAUAUGGCUAAAGUGAUUUGUCGAAUGAUACUGAUAUUGGCUGUGUGUAAAUGCCAUUGACAGUGCUGAAUAGCACCUAGAAAGGAGUCAACUUGCCACUUUUGACUCGAGUUUUUUUUGUUUUGUUUUGUUUUGUGUGUUUAAUUCUUGUCCUUGAGAACAAGGAAUGGAAUGACAGAGAACAAAAAUUGUUACAAUGCAAGAGAUGAGGACUUAGACUUUAUUCUAUGUUCCCCUCUCUCUCUCUCUCUCUACAUAUAUAUAUAUAUAUAUAUGGCGAUGUUGUUUACUAGUUUUUUUUAUAAUACUGCUUAAGUACCCCAGUAAAAAAAUAAAGUCAGUAGUAUUGACAUUCUUUUCUUCAAUUCGCAAUUGACACAGUUCAACUUUUAUUUAAUUAGUGAUGAACCCUAAAUUUGGUCAAUGCUUAUAAAUUGUUUUAUUGUUUCGUGCAUGAUUGCUAACUGAUAUUUUGUAAGGAAAUGGCACCUGAAGGUUUGUUUCCUGGUGAAGGUCAAAGGGGAGCUGUUGGUGACUAUAACAAUCUUAAAUACCCAAAACUUGGAGAUAUGCUAGAUUAUAUUCUUAUAUAGCAGCCAGCAUUACUAGAGGCCACAGAAAUGAGGGAGGCAAAGCUUCUUUUCCCUUCAAAAACAUAUGUGGCUAUGAUCAAAUUUCUGUUGAAAUGCUUUGAGGCAAAUGCAGAACAAUACAGGACAGUAGAAAGAAUUCUGGAGUAUUGGCCUUCAGUGGAGAAUAUGUGUUUGCUACUGGAACAUGCUAUGGCAUAUAAAGGCUCUGUUGAGUCGCAUUCAAAUGCCUCCAAGGCACUAAUCACAAUUGGAACUUAUUUUCAAGAGCUUGUUGAAAAUGUAGCCACUUGUUUGAUAAAGAUAGCAGAAGGAGCACGCCACACGUUUGAUAUGUUGGACGAACUUUGUAAACAUGGGCUGAUUCAUCAAGCUACACAUCUGAUAGACUUGAAUUGUCGAACCAUCUUGUGCCAACUAGUUUACACCGGUUUGAUUGGGCUACUUGUCACACUUGCUUCUGGUUCAAUUGUAGCUGUCAGGACUCUUUUUGAGCUUAAUAUACGCAGCAUAUUGAAGGAUAUCUUGUCUAUUUAUGAUCUUUCUCAUAAAAUGCCUUCUCCUAAUAUGGUUGAUGGACAUUGCAAUCAGUUUCAGAUAUUUCCGGAGUAGCAGUUUGCUUCUUGUGGAAUGCAAGCGUGUAAAGAUUAU